AUGCCCGUCUUCUUCUUCCUGGACCCCGAGAUGCUCGACGACCCGGCCAUGGACAGCGUCAACAACGUGACGCUGUCGUACACGUUCUUCCAGACCGCAGAGGAGGAUGCCGUGCCUGAGGAGGAAGAAGAAGAAGAUGAUGAAGACGAGGAUGGGCGAGGGGGCAGAUUGGCGGUGACCGCACAAUAGCAGCAGGGGAGGUGGAGGAUGGGGGAGGGGGCACGUUGGCGGCGGCGGCUUCACAAUCGUAGUAAAGGCGGGACGUACGUACUUGUGGGGUGCAGAGACCGGAGAGGGACCUGUGGGGGAGCUUGUCUGUUGUGGUUUUUACCCGCGCUUGCUGGCGCUUGGGUGCCACGCGGUUGGGAUGUAGUGCUUGGAUCAGCAGCGGCACCCCCCCCCGUCCCAACCCCAUGAGUCGUUAUGCCGCAGCAGUAGGAGCAUUUGGGUCCCGAAAUUUUGUCGUUUGGAGUUUUCUCAAUCGAGGAAUUCGCCCGUAUUUUUGCAACAUCGUGUUCACAAGUUUCCAAAAACAUGCCUAGCCCAAUCAGGUUUUGCAAUUUCGCCGAGAUGAUGGAGUUCGUCGAUUGUGGGGAUCUCAGGUUUUGAGGGGUUCGAAGGACGGAGUUUUGGCUCUAGGGAUCGCGCACAUCAAGCGUUUUUGUCAUCUCUCGUUGUCGAGAACGUCGUCCGUAGUGUCGUGUCGCACGCUCGAUAUGCCUGUUGUGAUGCGUUCGGCCUAGCCUGGAACGUGGUUGGCGGGGGAAUAAGGGGCGGGGGCAGAAAUCGCGGCGUAACCGUGUAGUAAAGCGUCCGGAAAUCUGGACACGGGGUGGGUCUUCUUGAGCGUGCUGUUUUUUUUUUUUUUUGUCUCCUUUAAUGUUUCCUUUGUGCGUCGUUUUGCGCCCACGCUCUCCCGUAGCAUCUUUGCGCAAGAAUUCUACAGGCGUUGGAGUUUUAUCUUGGUGGUGUUCUAAGUUUCUCAGUGUAGCAUGGCACCAUUAGUGUGGUGCAGCAGACGAAACCCCCGUCAAUCAAAGGAGGAGAGACCCAAACGGUCGCAGCAAUCCACGCAGCCUGUGGUCUUGCUCUGUCCAGUUUCCGUGAGAAGCACGUGCAUGUCUGCGUGGGAAGGGCUACUUUGCAGCCGAGACAUAGGCAUGUUUCGAAAAGCAGCCUUGUUCGCCACAUUUUGGUGACGAAAGUGUGGGCUGUUGACGGGCAAGGGACAGAGGUCAUCCCCAUCGUGCGAAAACUCUCCCAGGUUCCAAUUUGUACGGCGACCUCUCGUGUAAAGCGUGUUGCGUACUCCUUCGCCUUGCUCCCUGUCGCGUUUGCUGCUAGUCAGUCCGUUGGGUGUGGUGCAUGGUGUUUGCGGUUUUAUGUGACUGAAACGUAUUUUGGGUGAGGUCAACGGGGGCGGGUGUUGUAAUUUGCGUGCGCGAUGCUGCCUUGGAAGAGGCAGCAUGGAUGUUUGAAGGUGGAAGAACAAAGUGAGAGCUGGUACAACCCAGCAGCA